AAAUCACUCGGCUACCUGAGAAAACCCCGCGCACGACGAGCACUGAAUAGACCACAACAACUGUUUGCCAUUGGUAUCACGUCUUGGCACCGUGGCCGGUCUCGAACUCGAGGCUUCGACUAUGCUGUCGUCCUCACUGCUCAAAGCGGUCAUCUGCCUCAUUUGGCCGUCCUCGGAGUGGACAACAUGUGAACAGAAACCAGCCAGCGCGAUUCCGUCGCUCCUCGACGCUACACUCGACGACCUCAACCAUGGUCUGCAUAGUGGUAUUUUCACCAGCGUCGACCUCGUUAAUGCCUACAUCGAGCGCAUAAAAGAGACUACGCCGACCCUGAAUGCCGUCACCGAGAUCAACCCGGAUGCCGUCUCCAUCGCCGAAACUCUGGACCUUUUCCGCCGACAAGGCGGACCGCUUCUCGGCCCUUUGCACGGCAUCCCGGUCCUGAUCAAGGACAACAUUGCAACGGCAGACAAGAUGAACAACACGGCCGGCUCUUACGCUCUCCUCGGCGCUAAAGUCUCCGAAGAUAGCACUGUCGCCGCCAAGCUCCGGAAAGCGGGGGCGAUUCUGCUCGGCAAGGCACAUCUGUCGCAGUGGGCCGAAUGCCGGAGCUCCAAUUCGAGCAAUGGGUGGUCAACGUAUGGCGGUCAGACCCUGGGCGCGUAUUACCCCUUUCAAGACCCAUCGGGUUCGUCGGGGGGCAGCGGCGUCGCGUCUUCGGUCGGUCUCGCGUGGGCGUCUUUGGGGACUGAGACAGCCGGCUCGAUUUUGUUACCCAGUGACGUCAACAACGUUGUGGGCAUCAAGCCGACUCUUGGCCUCACCUCACGGUACCUCGUUGUGCCCAUUUCGGAGCACCAAGAUGUUGUUGGACCUAUCGCUCGGACUGUGAAAGAUGCUGCUCAUCUCCUGGGAGCCAUCGCCGGGGUGGAUCCCAGCGAUAACUACACGUCCGCAUUUCCUUUCCCGAAAACACCAGACUACGCCGCAGCAUGCGUUAAAGAGGGACUGCUGGGCAAGAGAUUGGGAAUUCCGCGACAUGUGCUACACGACCCUCAAGACGCCCCUCCCUCCAACUACUCGGUCACGGUAUUCGACUCGGCCGUCGACAUUCUCAGAUCCGCUGGUGCGGAAAUCAUAGACGACAUCGUUCUGCCAGGGUACAACGCGACUGAAAUCUCCGCGCUCCUGAUCAAGAGCCUUCACGCAGAUUUCGCCGUUGCCAUAGAAAAGUACUUCGGGCAAUUGGCGUUCAAUCCGUACAAUAUCACCACGCUUCGUGAGCUCCGGGAUUGGACCCAGCAUGACCCUCGCGAGCAAUGGCCUGAGAAGAACACACUCUCAUGGGACAACAACCUAGCAGAAGGUCUGCGAAACACAGAUCCGGAAUUCUGGAAUGUUCACCUCCGGCUUCUGUACCUCACUGGGCCUCAAGGAUACACAGGAGCUCUCAAGAAUCAUUCCCUAGACGCGAUAGUCCUGCCGACGGCGUUUGCUGUAAUGAAUGCUGCCAUAUCCGGUACGCCGGUGAUAUCGGUACCGUUUGGAAGGCAUCCGGAUGAUACUGACAUUGUCAAGGACAAGACUGGAACGCUCAAUGCCGUGGCACCGAACUUACCUUUUGGCAUUGGUUUUGCGGGGGCUCCGUUCAGUGAGGAAACGCUGAUUAGCAUCGCGUACGCCUUUGAGCAGAAGGUCCAGGCUCGGGAGGUCAUCAAGCCCUACAUCAAACCCAAGACCGACUUAGAGGACAUCGUCAGACACAGAGCUGAGGUGGAAAACAUACUGGAAUUGUGACAUGAGAGUCGUCUUGCAAGACAGACUCGCAGUCAACGAUGACGCCAAGUCAUGUCCUAAGAUUGAUGUAUGUACAUUAAGAUAGCUACCAUAGUACGGCAUUCAAUGUCCUCCAUGACAGCACAACUCCUCACAAUUGCGUCUUCAAAUAGGCAAGCCACA